AUGCGUUCCACAACUAUGUACAUGGCCCUGGUGGCCUUUUCUUCCAGCCUUGUUAACGCCCACGGCAAGCCCACGACUGCUACCGGAAACGCUGGCGGCGUCUCCCGAGCGCUGGGCCUUCUACCCGAAGGCUCGGUGCCCGACACGGGUCCCAACAAAUUGACUGAGGUCGACACGCCCGUUUUUGGUAACAAAAAAAUCGCUUCCAAGGGCCUGGGCAAGACCGCUGGCGGCGGUACCAUCAGGCUCGCCGACGCAGCCAAGAGUAUCCAGGCCGCUGGUGGUGAUCCUGCCAAGAUCACCCCAGGCGGACAGCUCAGCUUCACUUGGCAAACUGUGACUUCUGACGGCGGUGGCCCAAUCCGGGCUCUGUGCAACACGGAAGCAAAAGACGAUUUUACCAAGAACUCGGUCGAGCUUACAAUACAACAGAAUGUCCCAGGCAAGAACGGAAAUGUUAAGCCAGGAGCAAACGCCAGCAAGCAGCUACCGGCUGGCUUUUCGGCGAAGGGAAAAAAGCAGGCCAAAAGGGGCGUGGCAGACGGAAUUGAUGAAUUGUUUGGUCGCUACAUUGGGAGGCGAGCCGUCAACGUCAACGAUAAAACGAACGUCGUGGCCACGGCUCCCCCCGACAUGACCUGUAAUGGAGUGAUUGGCACCAAUACUGGGAUGUGUCUAUGCAAGAUUGCCAAUAGUAACAAUGCUGGUCCGUUUGGUGGUGUUAUGCCUGUUCAGAUGGUCUCUGGCACAGGCAAUUCAACUGGAGGCGCUCCCGCUGGAGGCGCUCCCGCUGGAGGCGCUCCCGCUGGAAAGGCAGCAGCCAAAGGCAAAUCCGCCAACAAGGUCUAG